UGCUCGUGAGGUGACGAAGCGAGAGGGCAAGGGAGGGAAAGGCAGAGAAGGGAAGGGAGGGGGUAGGAGAAGCCGCCUCUGCGCAGCAUCCAGAGUAGUGCUGUCAUCAGAGACAUGUGCAUGCCUCUAAGAGGCACGACAUCCCAAAAGUAGUGUCCCUGGACCUGUGUGAUGAGGACCUACAAUAUUUGCUUUUGAAGAAUUUUUUUUUCCAGGGAGUGGUUUCUUUGUGAAUUUAUCAGUCAGAAGUGUGUUCUGCAUGAAGCAGAAGUACUUGGGAAUCAGCAAGUUAGUAAGAUCCAUGAAAGGAAAUGUUUGAAGUGGAAAGCCCCAAAAUAAACGAGCAAUUGCCUGCACUGAUAAAAAGAACUUUGUAUCAAUAGCCAAAUCUCGUGUGUUCUUGUAUGGUGCUACAUUAUCUGAUCAGGGAUAGACAAAAUGAAUCCUUUCUAUUUUCUGGGUUUUGGACAUUCUCAUCUAGGCUUCUUCGGGAACAGGAGUGGACCUUUCAACAGAACAAAUGAAACUUAUUGCUACAGUACUGCUCAGGGCAGCACAGUGCUCCAAGGAGUAACUUUUGGUGGAAUCCCAACUGUCCUGCUGCUCGACGUAACCUUCUUUUUUAUUUUAAUAUUACUGUUUUCCAUUAUAAGAAAGAGAUUCUGGGACUAUGGUCGUGUUGCUCUGGUGUCAGAAGUCGAAAGUGAAUCAAGAUAUAACCGGUUGUCAACAUCAUCAUCAGUACCUGAAGAUCUUGAAUAUGAUAAGGGGUUUUGUUCUUGGAUUACAGCUGCUUUUCGGAUGCAUGAUGAUGAGAUUCACGAGAGGUGUGGUGAAGAUGCCAUACAUUACCUCGCCUUCCAGCGUCACAUCAUCUGCUUGCUGAUUGCUAUCAGCAUUUUGUCCGUGUGUGUGAUAUUGCCUGUCAAUCUAUCAGGUGAUCUGCUUGAUAAAGAUCCCUAUAGUUUUGGAAGAACAACUAUAGUAAACUUACAGACUAGCAAUAAUCUUCUUUGGCUGCACACAGUUUUUGCUGUUGUUUACCUGAUUCUGACUGUUGUCUUCAUGAGACAUCACAUGAAGUAUGUCACAUAUAAAGAAGAAAACAUAGUUAAGUGCACAUUGUUCAUAACUGGUCUUCCAAAAAAUGCAAGUGAAGAGACAGUACAAAACCAUUUCACGGAUGCCUACCCAACCUGCACUGUGCUGGAGGUCCAGCUGUGUUACGAUGUAGCCAAGCUUAUUAACCUGUUCAAGAAAAGAAAACAGGCAGAAAAAAGCCUGAUUUACUAUGAACACCUGCAUCAGAAGUAUGGCAAGAGGGUCAAAAUCAACCCUAAGCCAUGUGGUCAAUUCUGCUGCUGCGAAAUGGGAGGAUGUGAAAGGGAGGAUGCUGUAGAUUAUUAUACCAAAGUUAGAAAUGAACUUGAGGAAGAAUAUUUGAAAGAGGAACAAGCUGUUCAUAAUAACCCACUGGGAAUGGCUUUUGUAACAUUUCAAGAGAAAUCCAUGGCAACCUACAUCCUUAAGGACUUCAAUGCUUGCAAAUGUCAGAGCAUUAAGUGUAAAGGAGAACCCCAGCCAUCACCCUACAGCAGGGAGCUGUGUGUAUCCAACUGGGAGGUUACAUAUGCUCCUUAUCCUGAGAAUAUCUGUUGGAAGAAUCUUUCAGUGCAUGGAUUGAAAUGGUGGUUUAGAUGGGCUUGCAUUAAUCUGCUGCUUUUUAUUGUGCUCUUUUUUCUUACUACUCCUUCCAUAAUCAUCUCAACCAUGGACAAGUUCAAUGUCACUAAACCUAUUCACUACCUUAAUAAUCCUGUCAUCAGUCAGUUUUUCCCAACACUCUUGCUCUGGUCCUUCUCAGCUUUGCUACCAACAAUUGUCUAUUACUCAACUUUGCUGGAGUCACACUGGACAAAAUCUGCAGAGAACAGAAUAAUGAUGCAUAAAGUCUACAUAUUUUUGAUCUUCAUGGUAUUGAUUCUGCCUUCCCUUGGUCUGACCAGCCUUGAUUUUUUUUUCCGCUGGCUGUUCGACAGAGAAUCAUCUGAUUCUGCAGUCAGGCUGGAAUGUGUCUUCCUGCCUGACCAGGGAGCCUUCUUUGUGAACUAUGUGAUUGCCUCUGCUUUCGUGGGCAAUGGGAUGGAGCUGCUGCGCCUGCCAGGCCUCAUCCUUUACACUAUACGCAUGAUCAUGGCCAAGUCCACAGCAGAGAGGAAAAACAUCAAACAGCAACAGGCAUUUGAAUAUGAAUUUGGAGCAAUGUAUGCCUGGAUGCUGUGUGUGUUCACUGUCAUCAUGGCCUAUAGCAUCACGUGCCCCAUAAUUGUCCCUUUUGGUUUGAUCUACAUCCUCCUGAAGCACAUGGUGGACCGUCACAACCUCUACUAUGCCUAUCUUCCUGCCAAGCUGGAGAAGAAGAUGCACUUUGCAGCUGUCAACCAGGCUCUGGCAGCUCCCAUCCUCUGCCUUUUCUGGCUCUAUUUUUACUCAUUUGUGCGGCUGGGUUUUAAAGCACCUACAACCAUGUUUACCUUGCUGGUUGUCAACAUCACUAUUGUUAUUUGCUUGGCUUACACUUGUUUUGGCUGUUUCAAGUACCUGAGUCCACUGAAUUAUAGGAUUGAAGACACACAAGGUGAAAGAGGAAAAGACACAGAUGUACCAACAGUCCCAACAUCUUCUAUGUACGUCCCCCAGGUUUUACGUCCUCAUCCUACUGAAAGGACGGUGCUGGCCCCCACGGAGCAGCAGUCAUAUGGCACCAUGGACAACACUUGUUCCCAGGCAGAAGGAAUCAGAAGCUACGCCGCUGGACCUGCAGUUGUGGAGCAGGCAGGGGGAGCUUCGCCCUGAGUGCCGAGGACGAACACAAGGUGGAGCACUUGGCCCAGGUUUAGCAGAACUAAUUCCCUGCCACCUCCUACUAAGUAUUCGGUGUUACCUAUGUAUUCCUGCCUGCAGAAGAGGUACAGAAAUAAUUCAUUGUGUGGUCUGCAGCUGUGCUGGGAGAUUAAAAAGCAGAUGCCUUGGGACUGAUUGUUUUCCAGGCUGUCUACACACAUUGUGAAACAAACAAUUUGAACGUGGAGAUGUUGAUCCUCAGGGACUUCACUUUUGCUAUCUCAUCACUUGCCUUAUGAAGAUAACUUAUGCUGCAUACAGAUAACUAGUCACCAAAGCCAAUGCAACUAUUAGAGCUGUCAUUUAUUUAUUCAAAAUAAUUCUUCCCUUUUUAAAAAUCCCCAACAUUUAUUAUUUAUAAACCUCUUGGGAUGUGUUAAAUCCUGAGACAAUGCCACUUUUGAUGAAAAUACUGUUUGUGUGGGUGCUGAGAAUGGUGUGUGGGAGUCUCUCCUCUUUUCACCCAAAGUAGUCAGCAUAGUUUUGAUCAUGUUACCUUUUUUUUUUUCCUUGAAAGAGAUGAGGGAAUUACUGUGCACUUGGGUACUAAAAGUACCAAAGCAAAAAGACUGGUGUAAAGAAGGGAGUGAUUUAUCUGAUACUGUUUUUAUAUGUUUUUGGAGGGCAUUUAGGUUGUUAGUUUCUGUUCACUAUUUUUAAGGGCCUUCCACAAUGAAAGUUCACCUGCCAACAAUAAAGGAUGUAAACAUUUUAUAUCUUUUAGUCUUGGGUUAAAAUGACAGGUAUCUGGGUUUUCUCUAUAGUGCCAAUUAUAUGAGUUGCAAGAUACUAAGUUUUUAAAUUAUGUAGUAGGUGCUAAUCUAUUCCGAAGUGCAAUGUGUCAAAGUGUAACUAAUAAUCAUGGAGCAAUAAAAUACUGAGUUUAG